AUGAAACAAGUGGCAGACUCGGACAGUCAGAAGGACUCGGACGUUGAUUGCAUGUUUCUGGCCAGCGUCAUCACAGCCACGGGUAUCGCGGAGUGA